CAAAGUAUACAUUAAUCUAUAUAUUAAAUAUAAAUAUACACCGGAAAUUGUUAAAUUGUGAAACACAUCGGUGACUCCUAUCGCAGAGGAUAUCGUCGUAGUGAAAUGCAAAAGAAAUUAUCGUCGACAUAUUGACUGCCAUGUUGAAUUAAAAGUCUACGAUUUGUUUAUUAGUUAUUAGUAUAUUUGAAUAUUGUACGGAAUAGAAAGAGAAAAGAGAAAGAAAGAAGAUAAUUGACGGUAAAGAUUAUUCACACUGUAAUGCUCCCUAUCAAAUGUGCCAUAACUAUUACAAUACGAAAUGUAAUACCAUGCAAAGCAGAAUAAAGCAGAAAACAAUUGUUAACACAAAUCUGUUGACAUACAAAGCGCGCUUUAAUAAUAAUUGAUAAGAUCAAAUUUAUAUUGCAACGAUUCGAUAUUGAUUGAAAUUUGAAUAAAGCUAAAUCCGACACUGGCUGAAAAUCUUAUUCAUAUUCGGCGUAUAAUGCAACUAAAUCUGCACGAUCCAAUUUCUUAAAAUAUUCAAGAUACGAAAUUUAUCAAAAGACGGCAAUGAAUUCGUUUUAAAUCACGCGAGGAACGACAAUUUCUGCGCACGAGAAGAGAAGAUUAUGCUUCGUAUGUAGGAUCGAAUCGAGAUUGGCCCCGCUCUCAAUUUUUGCGACACCCAUCAGAUCUAUCAAGAUCCAACAUCAUGGACACAAGCGUGGAGGAGACCGAGCUCGAUGUCGGAUCAGCGAGCGACGAGCUGGAAUCGUCGGCUGCGGAAGCGAAGCUCGCGCGACGUCCGACGCCGCGACCCUUCACGAUCGAGAGCUUGAUCGGUGGCGCGCGCGAGGACCACGAUGCUGGUGGUGGCGUCGCGCGGGAUGAUCGGACGAACGGCAGCGAGGAGGAAGAACACCGGGAUCGGGAAUAUCAACUCUAUCAGAGGCAUUAUCUGGCGACCGCUACGGCUAACACGCUACCCUCAGGUUUCGGUGUACCGCUCGGCCUGUACAGCGCCUGGCUACCGAUGCGGAUGUACGGCGGCAGCGGUGCGUCCGGUGUUCCGAUGCUGCCGCCGCAGCAUCCGGCCGCUGGCUAUCCAGCUCACCCGGAGCUGCAUCAAAGCCGGCUGCCGCAACUCUCCGCAUCGGCGUCCGGUCAUACGCAGGGAUACUAUCCCUUGGACGGUUGCCGUCGCACAGCGAGUCAGCGUGCGCUCAGCAGCUUCACCGACAGCGAAGAUGAGGACGGCAGCAUCGGCUCGCCGGCGUCGCCGGCUCACGAUCUCUCCAAGUCGCGGCACGGAUCUGAGAAUGGUCGUGUAUCAGCUGAUAGCGACGAAGAGGGUGGUGGUGCUAUGGGAUCCAGCGAGGGUCAUGACAUUUCCGAUGGCGUCAGCGGCAGCAUCGGCAAUGUCACCACAAGUCCCAGUAGAUCCUUAGAGAACGGACAGAAUUCGUCAGUGUCGAACACCGGUGGCAGUAAGGCCCGACGACGACGUACCGCCUUUACUUCGGAACAGCUGUUAGAGCUGGAGCGCGAAUUCCACGCAAAAAAGUACCUGAGCCUGACAGAGCGUUCGCACAUAGCGCACGCGUUAAAACUGUCGGAAGUGCAGGUGAAGAUCUGGUUCCAGAAUCGACGUGCCAAAUGGAAGCGGGUGAAGGCCGGCUUAAGCGGCGGCGGCGUCGGCGUCGGUUCGACGGCGGCGUCAGCUAUGACACCUUCUGGCGCUUCUGGUCGUCACAAUGGCACCGCCGGCCAGCACACCGGCUCAGGUACCAGGAUCGUGGUGCCUAUACCGGUGCACGUGAGCCGAUUGGCUGUCAGAUCGCAUCAUCAUCAUCUGGAGAAGUGCGCGAGAGCACCGCGCGCGAGACCGACACCAUCCUCGGGCGAGAGCGCAUCCCCGGGAGCGGCAUCGGUGUUGGGCGACACUUUGGGACUAGUAAACUCGUCGGUGAACCUGACUGGCCAGGUGCAGCCGCCACUGGGCGCCGGUAUGGGAGUAGAGAUCGGAGUUGGGGGUAGUUUGAGGGCCUUCGCGGUGCCAGCGCAUCGAGCUGGUCUCGGAUCCUCCGGAAGGUAGUGAACGUCGUGUGGACGAUGAGAAUUGGACGCCUGUACGUUAAAACGCGAAGGAAAGAGAUAGAGGUAAAAUGAUAAUUGAUGUAGAACUCGCGCGCAGCAAAAUGAAAUCGGAUGUCCUCAUUAUAAAGUCGUGAUAUCUAUCAAUCAGGAAUUAAAAAUCAGGGAUUAAAAAUCAAUCACGAUUAAUGUGAAAAAUUAUGGAAAUGAAUACUUAUACCUUAACACAUAUACCUUUUUUUUAUCUUUUACGUAACUUUUAUUAUGUAUUAUAUUCUUUACUGAGACGGGAGAGAAUAUUUUAUCGAAAUUAAAAUAUGCAUGAAUCGCUUGCUAACAAUAGCACGGAAUUUUUCGAACAUUUUCUAUCUCUCAAACAUUUUUUUUAAAACAUUUUUAACGAUUAUUCAGAGGAUAUAGAGUCGAAUUUCCUCUCUGCUCGAUCCGCUUUCUAUCGCAUUAUCGGUUCAAUUGUUCUAAAUAUGCGAGAGAGUCAUUUCGACCAUAUUGCUCGAUAUCUUUUUCCGACUUCACAGCGUACAUUGUAAAUAGCAAGUCUUAGAAGUUUGUAAAUAUACACAUAUACCAGGUAGAUAGUAAUUCCGCAUAAACAUUGUAGGUCGUAUUUGUAGAUAGUUUACAUUAAGCAGUGGGUUUCAGCCUGGCGAACAACUAUUACGUGGCGGCGAUACCGCGUAUCGAUCAGCCGUGCGAUCAUCGCAGCUGUAUUACAACGGCGAAACGUUACAACGAGGCGGAAGCGCACAAAAUGUCGGGCUAUAGACUUGCAUACGUUGUAAUAUCGUGUCGGCAAUAAAAC